AUGGUAUACAAGUCUAUCGUGUUCGUUGCUACACUGGUCGCAGGCGUGCUAAUUUAUACUGGCAAUGCUUGGACCGCUCGUGGCUGUGUCGACCUAGACUCAUUAACCUUCGAUAAGGUAACGCGCAAGUUUCGCUACAGUCUGGUAAAGUUCGAUACCGCCUUUCCGUACGGCGAGAAGCAUGAAGCGUUCACGAACCUUGCGCUUCAAACUGUCGAUACCACCGAUGAUCUCCUGUUUGCCCUGAUUGGAAUUAAGGAUUACGGCGAUCAAGAUAACGUCGAUCUCGGCCAACGGUUCAAUAUCCCUAAAGAAUAUCCGGUGAUAAUGCUUUUUAUGGGCGAUCAUACGGACCCGAUUGCUUUCCCACCGGAUGAGCCAGUAACCAGUGAGAAUUUGCGCAAAUUUCUCAAACGGAACACGGACCUUUACAUCGGUUUACCGGGAUGUGUACAGAAGUUGGACGAGCUGGCACAAGAGUUCAUGAGUGCGAAAGACGCUACCGAAAGGCACCGGAUAAUCGCUGAGGUGGAGCGAGCGGCAUACCAUACGGAAACGGAGGACGCAACGAAAAAAUCUUACCCGAUGUACCUUUCCCUGAUGCGAAAGAUCGUCAAAGUUAACCAACCAUCGAGGGACUUUAUAAGCGAGGAGAUGAAACGGGUCGAAAAGCUACUUGCAGAGAAGCUGAGCGAUGCGAAGAAGGCUGAACUGAUGUACCGCACCAACGUAAUGCUUUCGUUUAAUGUGCUAAACGGAGCGCUUAACUCGGAACGAACCGAACUGUAGAACAAAUAAAUGUU